AGCACCGCAUGAGCAAAGUCAACAUAAAUUAUCGAAACAUUCGAGCCUUCGCCAGCCUACUACGUAUAUAUCAUAUAACCCAUAGAGUGCAGUUAUAUAUUUCAAAGCACGUGCACGACCACGAGGAUUCAACAAUUUCGCUCUCCGAAUCUAUUUCUCCCUCUCGUGGGCAUAGAGCGAGUAACCUUUAUCAUCUCGAAAUGGCAUCGCGUCAAAUAGUAUCAUCAUUACAGCUGCCAAGGACCGCCAGUUGUAAAUCAACAUCCAACGCACUAGGAUCAAAUUCCCGAACUUAAACAUGUGCCAGUCAUGAGCACAAAGCUAGAAGUGAAAUCACUUUAAUAAUAAUUGAAUAAUCAUACCCCGUUCGGAAUGUGUUAGAAAACGGUUCGAAAUGGCUACCCGGCAGCAUCGAUUGGCGUCCAUGUUUUCGCCGGAGGUCAACGUGGCCGCACAGAGGCGCCAAUCGUGUAGCGCCCAGCUACCUUCGCCAUCGGUCCACGUGCCGUCGAUUUCGGUUCGGCUGAACGGUUAUCCGCCGCGUGGUUUUGUUGCUGGUAACGAUCGCGCAGUGCUGAUGCAAAACGGUGGUUCCGGAGUGCGACACUGUGAUGCUUCUUCGGGUGAUGGUGAUUUGGUGAAUAAUUCAGAUCACACCGUAAACGAUGGUGGUGAUGAUGGUGUCAAGGCUGACACUGGACCGUUGGGUAUAAUGAAGAGGAUUUGCUCGGAAGGAAUUCUGUCGGCGGCGUCGACGGGUUCUGGUUCCAGCAGUGGGUCAAGAACUGGGAACUGUUGGAUGUUGAUGAUUACUCCGGUUGUGAGCAGUUUUUCUGUCGCUCUAGUCAUUGCCGCUGUAGCCGGACCUCAAUGGCUACUAACGGAGGAAAAAAUCCCCAAUGGCAACUACAACGGAACGAUGAACUACAACCAGAAGGAUGAGGGAAUUUAUCUGACCAAAUACACCAAAUCGUCUCUCUGGAUGCUAUGUAGUAAGAUUGGUGGCAGCACCCUGGGAACGGCAGCAUCCGAAUUUCAGUGCACAAUGAUCGCCUACUUCCCCCAGGACGACUACAAUCCAGAUCCGCACGACUCGACGAACGCAAUUCCCUAUACGGUAACCAACUCAUCACCUUUUUUCUUCACCUCCAGCGUGGUGCUGGUGAUCAGCUACGUACUGUUCCUGGUGGCCAUGUGUUCAUCGGGACGAAAAAUCUGUUACUUCGUAUCCGGAGUGCUAUUUAUAAUCACAGGUCUCGUCAUGCUGAUCGGAUUAAUAAUGUUCAUCUCAAUCUUAAAGGCCGAAAUCGGCUCUAAACUACGCCCUCGUUCAUCCCUGCAGGCGCCACUAUUCAUCUUCCGUUACGGCCAGAGCUUUCUGCUGUACGUGUUCGGAUUCGUCAUAACGGAAUUGUCGGGAAUCCUUAACGUUCUCAUCUACUCCAACCUGCACCAGCGGGAGUUCAAUCGCUCGCAGACAUACCCGACCUAUCAGAACUUGAGUGGUAAUUUUUACAACACUACACCAAAGACGGACCCACUCGCCCCGGUUUCUCUGUACGACGGGUUGCGGCCACGAUACUACUUCGAUGCGAAUGACGACUGUGCCGUGCAUCGGUACCGUGCGCGACAAAACUUGAUCAAAAGUUUGAACGAACUGUACACGGAACCGGCGCCGAUAAUGAAGAGCACCGCAACUGCCACUUCACCUCCAUCGGCGGGGAAGCCUGUGGACAUUUCGGCCCCUUCCAAGAUUGAGAUCAUGGCCGGGAGCGGAAAACUCACAAGAAGUGUCUCGACCUGUACCGAUAUUAUGUUAGCGGAUGAGCAGAAGAGCGACGAUGAAGAAGGACAUAGUGAGGAAAAUUUGAAGAAAAUUUGCGGAAUCUCAAAACAAUAUUUCACGAAAGAGUUAUCCAAGGAAAAGCUGUUCAACGAGUUUUGCAAGAAAGUUGGUCCACGACCGAAACCGAAAAAUAUCUACUACAUUGAGGAGGAUGGGAAGAAUGGGGAUGGAUUUCAAAACGUGUUCGUGAUUGAAGGGAACAAUAGUGAUGAUGAUAAGUUCAAGCGUAGGCGACGCAAUUCGAUGAUGGAGGGUAGUGGAAGGUCGGAUUUUUUCGAACGACGACAGAGAAUUAAAUCGGACAAUUCGCUGGACCAAGCGCAUGCGAUGCACAGGUCCCACGAUGGAUUAUUGCGGAAUAACUAUGAAAUGAGACAAACUUUGCCAAGGAAUUUCAUGAAAAAGAAUCACAACCUAUUCGCGGAGAAUGAGUUCGAUAGCGAUCGUGGCGGAUUCAACAGCCUGGACGAUUUAUCCGAUCAGACCACCUGGAAUCGUCGAAUAUCGGCUAGUGGAAUAUUGGAACCUGUUAGACAAAACUCUUCCCAAAACAAUAUUGACACUAGCUCCCCGUACCACAAUGGAUCCAAAUGGCCAAAGAUAAUUCCCAAAUCAACCACCGAUUUUAUCAGUAUGCAGCAAAAGUAUCUUCAUGUACCAUCCUCUCCGUCCUACGUAGAUUACUCCGUUCGGUCGCCUGUGCAAAUUCAUCGGAGCUAUGGCGAUCUGACUACUCAUCACCCUCAAUACGUACGCUUUCAGCACCCAUCGAUAGCGGGGUUCCACUAUGGAGCUCCCACAAAAGUGUCACCGUUCACCGGAAAGAUCUCACCCGUUUUCGAUCUCGACAAAAUCGAAAGCGAACGUCGUAAAUCUCACUCGCAGCUAUUUCUUAACAGUCCUAGUAAAAUUCCUGCUCCGCUGCAGCACUACGACUAUGUAAAUGGAACUGCGGUUUGAAAGGUUGACGUACUGACAAAUUACCAGAGCUGCCCAGUGAGAUAUAAUUCGUAGUUAGAAGA